CGCUGGGAGGGGGACCCCGUCACUUCAGCACCCCAGCGGUGGAGGUCACAACUCCUGCGUCCUCCAGAGAUGCUGGGGCACCAACAUCCCCCAGGGAUGCUGCGUUCCCCAGCACCGGGAGCAGGGAGGCUGAGCCCCGGCUGCCGUCGAAUCUGGGAGGGGGAUCUGAAAGCACUGGCUGCAAGGCUGGCGAGCACGGAGGCAUCCGGCACAGGCUGCCGAAGCCGCGGCGGAGGAUGCUUCAUCUCAGCCCCUCACCUGCAGCCGCUCUGCUCAACGAGGUUUCCUAAACAGAUUUCGCAUCUUUCUUAUAAACAUGAACCACUCAGAUUGGUCUAAUGAAGAUGAAAGAGCCUUUAAAGUGGGAAUCAUAGCUCCGGUUUGGGCCAUAAAGUAUCUCAGAAUAGCUCUCCGUCAUGGGAAAAUAUUGCAGAUCGGGGGAUCUGUCAGGGAGGAUGGAGGCAGCUGACGCAGUUGUGGGCGCUGCGGCAAGAUGGCUCGGAGAUGGAUUUGGGGAGGACGGGUCCGGAGAAGGUGUGAACCAAACUGAAAUGCUAGAGGCUAUUUCUUGAACCUCUGCUGCUUUGCCUCUUUAGUAAUCCACUCUGGAGGGUUUCAUGCAGUCCCGGAGUACCCGGGUGAAUCUGUUGCACCCCAAUAUCCUUUGGCAAGGAGGUGCACACGUCUGCAGCCCGCUGAAGGACAACCCACCUCCUUUUUGUUUGUUCUCAGCCUCUUCCCCGGCUGUUGGAAAGAGAGGAGGAUCUCCAGAGAUCUCUCCAGGAUGGAUCAUCUCCACCCUGAGGCAGAUGUCUGGAUGAAGUCGCUUAAGCACACGCUAGGUCCCUCCAGCCCCAGUGUCCUGCUUAUGGGCUGCUCUCCCCGCGAGGAUGCCUUUGGGGUGACUCCUUUCCCUACAGAAUACCAUGUUGGGUAAAAUAGAAGCAAAUGUUUUGCCCACCCAAGGCGAGACCAUAUCUGGUCCCUGCUGGUAAGAUCGCAGGCAAACCUCCGUGUGUGGCUUUGCCGUGUCCUGCAGUUUGUCUUAUAAGCAUGCAAAUCAACAACUGUGCUUCAUACGGGCUGGCGGGAGGGAUGCUCAUAACCCAUGUCUAGCUCUUGCUUGAGCCCAAACCCAACAAAAAUCACUGUUAGGUGCUCCGGGAGGAUGGUUCAGCCUUCAAGGGCCACCUUGUCAUUACAUGCUGGAGAUGGAAAAAUGCCGAUGCAGAUGUGUUUCUCCACUUGGGUAAGCCCAGAGCUGGAAAAAAAGACCUUAAAAUCUUAGAAUCAUCCCCUGAUCCUGAUGCCAUCCCCCUGGGAUGCUUGUGGAGAGCAGCCAGCGGAGGUGAUGAGCAAGGUCAGAGCCAAAUCUGCCUCAAGCACAUUGGACAUUGGGUGUAAAAGGCCAUGCAAACCCUGGUAAACCAGCUCUGACCACUGUCCUGCUGCUGUUAAACCUCCCGCACGGGGCCUGGUGUGGUUUUGGGAUGUGGUUUUACCCCAAACCACCCCAGGGCAGAGUCAGGAGUUAGCAAAACCACGGCCGUCCGCAGGGGAGGUUUGCACAUCGCCUCCCUCUUUUGGGUGGAAGAAGAGAAUUGAGCCCUCCAGGCACGAGCCAGCUGUCUGGGGGGGCUGGAAACCUGGCACCAGAUGAGUUUCCCCAUCUCUCCAACCCCCUCGGAUCCCCCAUCACCCCCAGCCCCUUUCCAGGCUUGCCCCGAGGUGCUAUCCUGCACUGAACACGUUGCAGAGGAUGGAGCAUCCCUCUAGCUCGCCCGUGCAAGACUGGGCCAAGGUGCAUGAAGGACCCUCCUGGAGGCCACCACUGCUCUUACACAUCAAGUGGCCAAGGCCAAACCUAUAGAAAACAUGAGUCCCGCCGGGCUUCGGGCUGCUGUGCAAUAGGGGAAGUGUCCGCGGCCCAAAGCUGGUCCACCUCGAGUGGAGCGGAGAGGCUGGGGUUUGAUGGGCGCAGAAAGGGAGCAGUGAGCCUGGCCGAGCCACGUAAACAGGUCCAUGCUCUGGAAAAGCCACCCCCAAGCUGGAAGUUUCUCUCCCGCUGCUUUUAAACCCAGAACUGGUCGCUGGAGGACUCCCUGGCACAUCAGGCAGAGAUCCCCGCUGCCUGCGUUCGCCCUGCCCGGGGUGAGAAGCCACUGCUGUCCUGAGAGCUUUGCUUUUAACUAAAUCCCCUUUUAUCCCGUAGAAAGACAACCCCAAAUCCUCAGCACCCAUCAGAGCACUAAGCCCUCCCACGCCUGAGCCCAAGGAGUGACGGAUGCUCCUGUCCGGCGUGCCGGUAAUAAACAACCCAUGCCAAAUCCACCGCCGUCGGUGCCGGCUGGUACCCGGUGAAGGACUUUCCAUCCAAUCCCCCCCCGACUCCAGCUCCAAAGCUGCAAACGCAAUUAGCAGCAUCGCCUGGAAAACUUUGCUGGCUGCGGUUCACCGAGAGAUGCUAAUCCCUCCAUCCGCCGCGGAGUCAGAUCCGGCGAACGCCCGUCGCUUGCUCAUCUUUUGUUCGGUACCCGGAAUGGUCCCUCUCGUCCCCCCCCUCACCCCUCCUUCCCUCCAGCAGAUGCAGCAGAUACGGUCGCCGGGGGGGGGAUAUAAAAAGCCGCCGGGACCAGCGGCCGAGCGGCAGACGCUCGCCGGGAGCGUGCGGGAGAGGGGGACGGAGGGUGUGCGGUGGCAGCGGUCGGGCUCCCACCCCGACCACAGGUCCUGCACGGUUUCUGGGCCCGCAGCCCCUCGCAUCCCUCGUGCGAGCCCAGCCUCGUACCCCCGGCCAGGAUGCCGAGCGCGGUGUGGAGCAUCCUGCCCGUGGUGCUGGGGCUCCUGCUCUGGCACCCUGCCGGCGCCAGCGGCCCGUGCUGGGAGAGCAGCAAGUGCCAGGACCUCACCAGCGAGGCCAGCAUUUUGGCGUGUGCCGUGGCGUGCAGAGCCGACCUGUCGGCCGAGGCACCCGUCUACCCGGGGAACGGGCACCUCCAGCCCCUCUCCGAGAGCAUCCGCAAGUACGUCAUGAGCCAUUUUCGCUGGAACAAGUUCGGCCGGAGGAACAGCAGCAGCGGCGGCGGCGGGGGGCACAAACGGGAGGAGACGGCGGGGGGCAACCCACCGCCGGCAUCGCUGCCCGCCGUCCCGCCGUCCCGCCGCGAGGAGGAGGAGGGAACGGGGCUGGAGCGGGAGGAAGGCAAACGCUCCUACUCCAUGGAGCACUUUCGCUGGGGAAAGCCGGUGGGACGCAAGAGGAGACCCAUCAAGGUCUAUCCCAACGGGGUGGAGGAAGAGUCGGCCGAGAGCUACCCCUUGGAGUUCAGGCGGGAGCUGGCGCUCGGCGGCACCGGGGCACCGUCCGAGGAGGAAGAGGAGGAGGAGGAGGAGGAAGGCCAGGAGGAGGAGAAGGCGGCCGGCGGCUCCUACCGCACGCGCCGUUUCGGCUGGCACGCGCCCUUGAAGGACAAGCGCUACGGGGGCUUCAUGACCUCGGAGCACAACCAGACCCCUCUAGUGACUCUCUUCAAAAAUGCCAUCAUCAAAAGCGCCUACAAGAAGGGGCAGUGAUGGGGGAGAGCCCGAGGGGCAUCCCACCCCCUCCACCAGCCCUCCCCGUAGCUUUAGUGUCCCGCUGGCAUGUGUUUCACUUAGAGAUCACUCGUUAUGUCGUUCUUAAUCAGUACUCCGAACGGGUCCGCUCCCGGGUUUCUCUGGGUGGGAAGAGGUUAGGGAUAAAGACAUCAACCGCUUUGCCGCACCCACUGGACACGCACGGGGAGCGGGGAUGAUGCCCAGUUUGGAGCACGCUGGAUGAUUUUCAUAUUUUCACUGAGCUGUACAAUACUGUAAAUGAUAGAUUAAAAGAAUUCUAAAAAAGAAAAUAACAAUACAUUUUUUU